AUGUCGGACGACGAUUUUAUGCAGGACUCCGACCAGGAGGAAUAUGACUUUGAGUAUGAGGACGCCGAUGAAGAUGAGGCUGGGGAUGUUGGAAUCGAAAAUAAAUACUACAAUGCAAAGCAGAUUAAAGCGGAUAACCCAGAAGAAGCUAUUAACGAAUUUUCAGAAGUCCCCGCUCUAGAGGAGGAGAAAGGCGACUGGGGAUUUAAAGGCUUAAAGCAAGCGAUAAAACUAGAAUUUAAACUCGGUCGAUAUGAAGAUCAAUGCGCUCAGGCCGUUGAACAUUAUCGCGAACUGCUCACCUACAUUAAAUCCGCCGUCACAAGAAACUACUCCGAGAAAUCGAUCAAUAACAUGCUGGAUUACAUCGAAAAAGGGUCUGAUGACGCAAAGGCGUAUCAUUGCAUGGAGAAAUUUUACUCCUUAACGCUGGACUCUUUUCAGAAUACCAACAAUGAACGGCUUUGGCUAAAGACUAAUAUCAAGUUGGCCAGGCUCUGGCUUGAUCGCAGAGAGUACGGCCUGCUAAGCAAGAAGGUGAAGGAGCUACAUCGAGCAUGUCAGCGGGAGGAUGGGACGGAUGAUCCAGCUAAGGGGACAUAUUCACUGGAGGUCUAUGCUCUGGAAAUCCAGAUCACUCUAUCAGAGGGCGCUCACCCCGUGGCCGUCCAACGCGAUGACAUCCACGCGUACGAAGAAAUCCUUCACAAUAACCCGGACGUCCUUUCAGACCCCUUCAUAGCCGAGAACAUCGACGAAGUGAGUCGUAACAUGCGCACCAAAGCCGUCCUCAAAUUAAUAGCCCCUUAUACUCGUUUCAGCCUCGCCUUCAUCUCCAAACAAAUCAAGAUAUCCCUCCCCGAAGUCCAGGAUAUCCUCAGCUUCCUAAUUCUUGAUCAGAAGAUCCCAGAUGCGACAAUUGAUCAGGAAACUGGCGCCGUCGUCAUCAAUAGGGCUGACGACCAUGAACGACUGCAAGCUCUGGGGACCUGGACGUCUCAGCUGAACUUGUUGUGGCGGAGUGUUUUGACCAAUGCGGACGGGUUUAGACUCGAGGAUAGUGCUCGUGUCCAUGCGACUUUGGUGAAUACCGACGGGGAUUAUGGGCAGUUGGGUCUUGCGGGAGAUGUUUUGCCAUCUCCAGAAUUCCGAAAAUUGGGUGUUGGUCGGGCAAAGCGGGAUUGGAAAGGGAAGUCGGGGCUUGCAAAGGCAUUCUCACGAGCUCUCUGA